ACUGGCAGACCGUCACUGCCACCAUCCUCAAGUCAGCGAAGGCCGACCCGUAAACCCACCUAUCCACCAUGGCCAAAGCAGUCGCUGCAGCCUCAAGCCACAAGGCCGCCAAGAAGAAAAAAUGGUCAAAGGGAAAAGUCAAAGACAAAGCCAACAACCACGUCGUUUGUGACAAGCCGACUUACGACAAAAUCUUCAAGGAAGUCCCCACCUACAAGAUGAUCUCCCAAUCGGUUUUGAUCGACCGAAUGAAAAUCAACGGAAGUCUCGCCCGUGUCGCCAUUCAGCAUCUCGAGCGUGAGGGUCUGAUCAAGCGUAUCGUCCACCACCGAGGGCAGCUCGUCUACACCCGGGCCACCGCUGCUACUGAGUAGAGACAUGUAACUUCCUCGCCUCUCAUAUGAACCUCUGAGCAAUGUCCACAUGUUAUUCCUUUCUCCAGCCACGGCUAUCGCUUCCUAGUUUUAUGUCGUCGUGAAAUUUCAAACCAGCCUGUCAUAACAUUCAAUCUAUCAGAUGAAUACAAUCCUGAGUAAGAAAGCUCCGAAUCCGUUGGCGCUGGCGAGCGCUUACGACCAGCAGUCAGUAUACCACAAUACCGAGCCGGCUUCGGGCUCUUUGUCCACGCAACAGUCGUACAACCUAGCUGUCGCAUCGGGCAUUCUUUGAAUUGAUAACUGAGAGUAGUGUUUUCAACUUGACUGCUCGGUUAAUGUUAAAAAUCCAAAUG